CUUUAUUAAUAUAUUAAAACUCUAGGAAGUGGAGAGAAAAGACUAUUAGACGAAAGAAGGAUAACAUCGAGUCAUCUCCAACUGUUUCAACCGAGGAAAGCAGAUAACGAGAGAAGAGAAUAAGAGAAAAAAAUGGCAGGGGUUUCUUCAGGAAUGUUGAUAAGCAAUGUUUCCUUCCUUCGUAAACCCCAGUUUUGUACCUCACUCAAGCCCAAAUCUACUAUCUCUGAUCUUACUUUUCUCACUUCUCAACUUAGUGGCAUCAACAUUUCUUCUUCAGUCUUAUCCAUUUCCAGCAAACCCAUUUCUGUUCCUUCCAAGCCUUCUCCUUUUCCUGUUGCUCGAAGAAUAUGUCCAUUCACCGGGAAGAAAUCAAAUAAGGCAAACAAAGUGUCUCACUCGAACCACAAAACAAAGAGGUUGCAAUUUGUCAACCUACAAUACAAGAGAGUGUGGUGGGAAGCUGGUAAAAGGUAUGUGAAACUUAGGUUAUCGACAAAGGCGUUAAAGACCAUCGAGAAGAACGGAUUGGAUGCUGUUGCCAAAAAGGCAGGGAUUGAUCUUAGCAAGGAAUAGUAGAACACAUGUGUGUAAGGCAUCGUGAAUGUCCUUUUUUCUAUGUUUUGUAAACCAGUGUUCUUCCCAUUUCUAUAGUUUUGAAAACUUUACUGGCCUUAGGUUUUUGAAAUUAUCUGUACCAUGUUCAUUUAACUAAAAGAAGAACAUUUUCUUGAUCCAUAAUUUAUCUUGUCCAUGUGUUCAAUUGACAAUACAAUUUGUAAUUUGUAUGAAGCAUGUAUUUGAAAGCAAUACACUUGUAUAUUUCUUUCCAGCUUGUUUUUGCUGGACAUGUAUGUUACUGCUGCAGAGUCUAUAUGUC